ACGCAACUAGGUUUUGAGAGAAGACUGGUGGGUGGUACUCUAAAGGGAGAGCUUGGUCAGAGUGGAGAUCUUGUCCUACGCAGUUAAUUAAACAUCUGUUUUUUCUCUCCGUUCUCUCCAUGAUGCAUUUUUAUGGAGCUUUGAUCCUGUUGGUGACUGUGUCUGCAGCAUGUGGAUUGAGAUGCUACGCAUGUGUUGGCGAACACUGCACCGACACGAUGACUUGUCCCGCCAACUUUGACCGUUGUGCCACCAUCAAUGUGAACGGUCUCUUCACCAAGAGCUGCAUGAGCAGUAUUGUAUGUAUUGACCCCAUUAAGUGCUGUAGCACGGACUUGUGUAACAGCGCCAUCCCCACUGGUCCCAGUGUCCUCCUCCUGCUGGUGUCCUCGGCCAUGAUCACACUCUCUCUGUUUUGGGAGAAGACUGGUGGGUGGUACUCUAAAGGGAGAGCUUGGUCAGAGUGGAGAUCUUGUCCUACGCAGUUAAUUAAACAUCUGUUUUUUCUCUCCGUUCUCUCCAUGAUGCAUUUUUAUGGAGCUUUGAUCCUGUUGGUGACUGUGUCUGCAGCAUGUGGAUUGAGAUGCUACUCAUGUGUUGGCGAACACUGCACUGACAAAGUGACUUGUCCCGCCAACUUUGACCGUUGUGCCUCCGUCAAUGUGAACGGUCUCUUCACCAAGAGCUGCAUGAGCAGUACUUUAUGUUUUGGCCCCAUGAAGUGCUGUAGCACGGACUUGUGUAACAGCGCCAUCCCCACUGGUCCCAGUGUCCUCCUCCUGCUGGUAUCCUCAGCCAUCAUCUCACUCUUUCUCUGAGGCAGCGGAGCAGCAACAGCUUAACAAUAUCUGUCUUCUUUCAUACCCAAUUUCAACAACUCAAGAAGAUUAAACUAAUUCUUAAUAUGUAAAAGCUGACUGCAGGUCCAUUUUUGUUCAAUAAAAACACAAUA